AUGAUUUCAACAGUCGUUUCAUUCGUCGUUUCAAUGUUGUCAAAUUUUGUAAAUAGGAGAUUACACAACAUCACUAAAUUAGGUAGUUUUAGUGGUUUUACUACUCAAAACUUAAAUCAACAACAACGACAACAACAUAAGUUUAAUAAUCUUUUAAAUAUUAAAUAUAAUAAUAAUGAAUAUACCAAUAUAUUAAUAUAUCAGCAGCAGCAACAAUAUCAGCAGCAACAACAACAACCAUACACAAGAUUCUAUUGUACAGAAAAUGAUAGCAAUCUAAGAAAUAAAUAUAACUUUAAUCAAACACUCAAGAAACUACUUAAAAAGACUGGUAAAUUACCUAAUCUACCAACUUCCACUGAAGGCGGUAUACCUCACAAUGAAAAGAUAAAGAGACAAGCUGUCGAGAUGUUUAAUAAACAUCAAUUUAGAUUCGAGAGAAGGUAUAUUUAUGCUGCCGUCUGGGUAAUUGGUUGUUUCUUUUAUGCAUUUUUAGGACAGAUAGAAAACCCUGAGAUAUCAGAGAAAUAUAAUAAUUACUUUGAAACAAUAGAGACUACUGUGCCUUUCGUUAGUAAGAUGAUCGAAGUGUUUCAUACUAGCGCUGUACUUGGACGUCUACCAUUGUAUCAGAGUAAAGAGUGGAACAUUGCCAUUUCAAAGACCAUCGAAAAGCUACUUAACAGCGAUGAACUCACCGCCUUGCUUCAAACCGAUGACAACAUGCUACGACUGAUUGAAAUCAUUGAAUAUAUCACCAUUAAACACAAAGAUCUUCUUGAUGACAAGAUUACCAAGAAAUUCUCUGAAGAAGAAGAGACCUCCAACAGCAACAACAAUCUAUCACCAUUGGAGAAACGUGAGAAAUAUAGUGAAAACAACUUUGGUAUUUUAACACAAUGUUCAAUAUUACUUUAUCUUUUAUCAAAUAAUUAUCAAGAUAAGAAUGGAUUGUUUAUAAAGAAAUUGGUGAAGGAGGCGAAUAAUGUAGAUGUUCCAUAUCCAGUGAGACUGCAACUAGCACAAACAGUUACGAGAUUGACAGAGCAACCAGAGAAUUGUCAGUAUCUCAUUAGUAACAAUGCAACAACACUAUUGUUGUACUACGUUGUCAAUAAGGUUAGAAACUACGAACCAUUCUACGAUGGAGUGUAUAGACUGCUCGACUCUGUAGUCGACAAAACCAAGAAUGUCGAACUCAUUGACCGUCUAGCGAUCGACGAUCCAAAAGAGAAGGCAACACUCAGGCAACUCGUUCUCUCUCCAGACUAUCCUCUCAAUCCAAUCAUGAAAACACUCAAACAAUAUCCACUACCACAAUUCGUACUAUUUUCAACAGUUUUCUAUAAUUUCGUUAGAGGAAGACAUUUAAAGAGAUCAAUAUAUACAGCAAUGACAUUAGCACCUUUGACAUUAGUAGGUUAUGGAUAUUCAGAGUUACACAAAACACUGGUUAGAAAAGUAGAUUUCAAACCAUUCAAAGUUAUUAUAUCCGGUCUCUAUUACUCUAGUUUUAUGAUACCUUUUGUUACAUUGAAUCAAUUCAUGCCAUACUGGAAGGUUAGUCUUGUCUCUGGAUAUGCACUCUAUCUUCUCAGUAAUACAUUUAAAUACAAUUACUACCCAACCAAAGAACAAUAUUUGCGUCCACCUAAACUAAGAGAAAUCAACUCUGAAAAAUAG